AUGCUCCCUGGUGGCAUCCAUGUCGUCGGUGUAGCUUGGUUCUCAGACAAAGCUACGUUCCAGCAAAGAAAACCCCAUAUUCACAAGACAUUGGGACGGAUUCAGAAGAUGAACAAUCAAAUUACAACUGCAAAUAUCGAUGACUCGAUUUCCGAUCAUUUGAUAACCGUCUUCUUCGAAACUCCUUCCACCACUCCAGUUGGAGCUGUCAUUAAUCUUGCAAAUAGAGGAAUUGAGAGUGUUCAAAAAGUCCAAUUCCAAAAGCUUGACCCCUCCGAAAAUGGUCGGAAUUCCGCUCCGAACAUCCCUGGGUUAAUUGAAAUAUUAAACUUUUUAAAAAUCGCGAUUGUACAGUUCAGAAUGCGGGUUACUUUCCUCCACCUCCUCCCCAUAUUCAUCCCUCUAAUCAAUUGCCAAUGGACCAGCGAAGAUCUCGCAUUGUACGAUUUGGUGGAAGAAGUAGGUGUGAAUUUCUACGAAUGGUUUGAUAUUCCACGAGAGGCCACAUCGAAUCAAGUCAAGAAAGCGUAUCGAAAACUGACACUUGAAUGGCAUCCGGAUCGGAAUUCAGCUCCAGAUGCAACGGAUAAAUUCCGACAAGUGGCUGGAAUUUAUGAAGUGUUGAAGACAACGGAGCUUCGAGAGAAAUACGAUAAUAUUCUGGAGAAUGGUCUGCCGUCAUGGAGACAACCAUUGUAUUAUUAUAGACGAAUGCGAAAGUUGACAUGGUACGAAGGUAUUCUGGUUCUUUUGUUCAUUGGAACGAUUGCUCAUUAUCUCAUGAUGUGGGCCGCCUAUUUCGAGAAGACAUUGGUUUAUAAACAGAAUUUCAAAAAGUCAAGAAAAGGAAAAAAGGAAGAUCCGGCAGAGAUCGAGAAGCAGAUGAAGGAGGCAUUGGUGGAUUAUAUACCGAAGUAUUCUGAAUUACUUCCGAUUAUUCUGGCAAAAGGAACAGUCACUUUAUGCAAGAAUUUGUUUUUGACCGCGAAGGAUACAAUGGCGAAACCAGAGGAAAUAGAUGAGGGACCGACAGAAGAGGAGCUGGCACAACAAAGAAGACAACAAAGAGCAGCUGCAGCACCCCAGCAACCAGAAUUCAAAUUCGAAGUGGCUCAGGGAUUGAAGGCAGUAUCCACGAAUGACCCGGAAAUGGAAAAGAAAUACGCGGCAGAAAAUGAAGUUGUUUCGCAAAAACAAUCCGGAAGCUCUUGGACACCAGACGAACUGGCUCAUUUAGUCCGAUUGAGCACUGAAAAGUAUCCAGCUGGCACACCGAAUCGAUGGGAACAAAUGGGACGAGUACUGAAUAGAACGCCGGAAGAUGUGAUUGCGAUGGCUGGAAAAAUGAAGCAAAUGAAGCAAGAGGACUACACGAAACUUCUGAUGUCUUCUAUUCAACAAUCGGUUCCAUCGGAAGAGAAAUCGGAAGACGAUUGGUCGCAGUCGGAGCAAAAAGCAUUCGAGUUGGCACUUCAGAAAUAUCCGAAAGGAACCGAUGAGAGAUGGGAGCGGAUAUCAGAGGAGAUUGGUACAAAAACCAAGAAACAAGUGAUGGUUCGGUUCAAGCAGCUAGCAGAAAUGAUUCGAAAGAAGAAAGCUGAAAAUUGA